AUGACAGAAUCUUCGGCUCACUCCCAAAAACAUGUGUUCGAUGUAAAGGCUCAAUAUUUGGGCGAACCAGGAACCAAAUCCUUCAAGGUAGAAUUUGUAGACUCUACUGGAAAGAAAGUUUCUCCAUGGCAUGAUUUGCCACUUUUCCCAUGCGAAGGCCAAGUGACGAUGGUGGUUGAGAUUCCCCGUAACACUAGGCCGAAGAUGGAAGUUGCAACUCAAUUGGAGCAUAAUCCUAUAGUUCAGGAUUUGUUCUCAGAUGGAAGCCUUCGUGACUUGGACUGCCCAAUGUAUUGGAACUACGGAGCUAUUCCCCGUACCUGGGAGGCUCCAGUUCCCUACGAACACCACUACAAAGAUGAUAACGGUGAGGAUAGAUUAAUGAGCCUUGUGGGUGAUAAUGACCCACUUGAUGUGGUUGACGUUGGCAAGAGGACUCUUAAGGUUGGAGACGUCGUGGCAAUGAAACCGGUUGGAGGACUCGCACUCAUAGAUCAGAAGGAAAUUGACUGGAAAAUCCUUGCAGUUUCCCAGGAGGACGAACAUUUCUCAGAUAUAAACGAACUGGAGGAUGUCGACAAGUUUUAUCCCGGGACCACCACCGGAAUCCUAGAGUUUUUCAGAUGGUACAAAACCCCUAGAGGAAAACCUCUCAACGAGUUCCUCCCCAAUAAAACCUUCAUCUCUAAGAAAGAAGCCAUGGAAGUGAUACACCAAACCAGUGAACAUUACAAGCAAUUAUUAAAGGGAACAAUAAAACACGAUUUAUGGACACAUUAA